GUUAAACGAAAACAUACUUGUCUACAUCUUUCCGUAGUUGUUGUUGUUGCUUUUUUUGCUGGAAAUUGUGUAAUAUGUUUUGACAACAUCUGACGUAAAGCAGGUACAUUAUUCCCAUAACGUGUGAUUUCUAUAGGACAUAUGUGAUGCGUAUAGUGCAAAGGAGGCAAGUCAAACAGCUGACGCAGAGGAACCCGAGAGACAGGUUAGUUACUACCUAACAUGACGCGCGAAAUAUAAUCUCUAGCAAAAAUGAAACAGUUUUGGGACCUCAAAAAAUUGAAAAUGCUGCCAUUUAACCGAAGUAGCUUAAUAUAUUGGCUGAGAGGUACAAAUUUCUAUUCAGCGAUAAAAGUGGCCGUAAUCAUGAAAGUGCACGGCAGAGAGGUGGAUGAUGGACUAACCACUGGUACUAGAGUGACGCAUCUCAUUCUAUGAACGUCAUAGAAAAACUUCAUAUGUUUAUUAUUUCUGAAGCCAAAAGUUUAUCUCUGGGGCUCUAAUGCAGGUUCAAACUGUCUGACAAACAAACCCUAGUCUGAAAAGAUAUUGCGGUUUUUGGACUGGACCCUUCUCAUAGAUUUUGGAUCGUUGAUGUUGUCCCCUUUUAAUUUAACAAUCCUUUCCAGGUUAUUAAGACACCAAUAUGUCAAUUGCUAUGUCGACUACCCGUUGUCUCAUUGUACUCAUGCGCAUUUUCGACAUCAAGGAGCGGACUCCGGAUAAGCUAACAAUCGCCUGUCGUUGAAUUACAUGUUUUUUCAGGAUUCCUUUAAAGAUGAAGACGUUGCUGUUCGUCGUUCGCCGUAAGAAUAUUACACCGUUACUUUUAUUUCCAUUGAAGUCAACUAUUCUGAUCUGUUAUUUCUCAUUGGCUGCAUUCAUACUAGAUACGGAAUAUCCGUCUGAGACGGGUUAUCCUUUGGAUAAUUCGCGUCAGACAGAUAACAGUCGUCUUAAUUUGAAAAAUGGAACGCUCUUAAUAUUGGAUGGACAAGCCACCUGACUUUAUCUAUCUGUUUCCCCGUCAAUUUUAACGGAUUUUGAAGAUGGAGCCAUCCGUCUCAGACGGAUAAUCCGUCUCUAGUGUGAAAACGGCCGCUCAAUGGUAAUUCAGAGAUUAGCUGCCUAACUUCAGUUGUAAAGGGUCAUAUUGCCGAAGGAUCUCUUGCAACCUUAACGAAAAAUCUGCGCUCUAACACGCUUCCAUCAACAUGUUUCGGUUCCACGUUUACAAAUGAUCGUUGAUUCCAUCAAGCUAAAAUUGCGUCAGUUCGUUUGUCGAAAUUAAUAAUCUUAACAGACAGUAAAAUCUGAACUGAUAGAGAGUUUAGACAAUUACGACAAGGAGCAAGACGAACGAGCACUUAUAGUAAUGCAUUCCUUCGUCUGUUCUUCACAGCUUCAUAUGAAAUUUCCUAGUACAACGUUUUUUUUUUUUUUUUUAAUUUAACGCGGGACAAAUAAUUUGACUUUCUGUUUUUUGUUUGUUUGUUUAUUUUUUUGUUUGUUUUUCAAAGCAGCGUCUUACUAGUGCAGGUCUUCGAAAAUUCGCUGACAUUUGCCAGGUUAAGGAAAUUGCAAUUAUUGCGAUAACAACUUUAAAUGAGACGUUUUUCUGUUGUCUCCCCCUCUUUAUGACGGUCGCAAAAGGCUUUAUUACCCAACUUUUGCAUGCACUACUCACCCAUAAUAUUGACUUUUCUAUCUCAGGUACAAAGUGUCCUGGAUCAAACAGUUUCGUUCUGUUUUCUGGCGAUCCUGGCUCACCUUUAAUCGAGAUGUCGUUAUCUUUAGAGUCCGACUCUAUCAGAGCAUAGUAAGAGCCACUGAUAUCAUAUCUAAAUAGUUGAGAUCUAUGUUUUUUCUGUCAUAUGGGCAACAGACUCUGAACUGACUACCGCACAGGUUGUUGAAACGUCAGACGUUCCUAUUACGGACUACGAUCACCCGGACGAUCAUGCUCCACCUACGUAUGAAAUGACUCCUGGGUUCGAACAGUUCACUGAUCGAAACUUGUUCUCAAUUCAGGCAAAAGACUUCCAACCAGCAGUUCAUUUUUCGUCCUCUUAAUAAAACAGGCUGACUGUGAUCUUCUAGCUGUAACAAUGUUGGUGGUAAUAAAUGUCGGCUCUCGACAAUCUGUGCGGUUUUCAGCAUCAGAGUAAAAGUCAGUGGUAAAGUUGCCCCAACAAUAUCAAACAAAUAUUAUCAGGGGGCACUAGCCAUAGCCAUAAAAACUUUUCUGUUGAUUUUCGCGGGUAUAGCAUUAAAACUUGAAAACGUUGGCCCAACCUUUUCUAGUUUCAAUCCACAUACAUCCUUGCCGUUCGUAGAAACAGACGACAGAAAACAAUUUCAAUGUCUAAAUAUAGUCUUCAAUAACAAAACUGCACCAUUAUUAAUUUUUUGAAUUAAACUGAUGCGAAGACAAGUUUUGUCUUUCUAAGAAGACAGCAAAUAGCAUGACAUAUUGGCCCCUUUAACAAAUAUUCGUAUAGGUAAAAGCCUAAUUGAUUUUUCAGGGGCACCCAAGGACAGUUUCCUCCAAAAUACGUUUAAAACACUUUUUAGGCUAUCCAAAGUACUUUUAGAUCUCUAGAAAUGCAUUAUAAGCGGCGCUACAAAUUUAAUUAUCUGAUCAGUCAUCCUCGGGAAACUUAAGUCUUUUCGAAAUUACAAGGGCUUCAGUAUUAUUUUUCCGAAAAUUUUAGGUACAAUUUAACGUUUUAAGAAAGUCAGAUUUCUUUUUAUCCCUCUCUCCUAUACGAAAAUUUUGGGGUUCCUUUUUCUGCGAAAAAUAGAGUGACGUGGGUAGUAAAAUAAAAAUAUGAAAAUUUAACAUCAGAAAAUUAUAGAGAAUUCAUUUGAUAAGCUUCGAAAAUUGUACACGAAUGGAACAUGCAUCUAGAAAUCUUUAGCCGUCAUCAACCAGAAGAAAAUUCUAGGAAAUAAUGUGCUUCUCCCAACAGAUCUUGUACAGCAAGAUCGCGGAGAAAAUCGUUAAGUCUCGAGUGAUGGAUUUUUGGCGAAACAUAAAUAUGCUAAACCCGAACCAGUUUGCUUACAUGGAGGGCCGAUCAACGCUUUCGGAGCUUCUUUCUUGUUACGACGAGUGGGCGAAAUCACGCAACAACAGAAAGCCAACUGACAUCGCCUUUUUGGAUUUUUCCAAGGCGUUUGACAGCGUACCGCAUGAGCGUCUUCUUUUCAAGCUUGAGCGUCACGGGAUCGACGGCAGUGCUCUCCAGUGGUUUCGUCGUCCUGCGUGGUACUUGCUCGUCCUGGUCUCCAUUUUUAUCUGGAGUACCCCAAGGAACAAUCCUCGGACCCGUCUUAUUCAUUUUAUACGUGAAUGACAUCUCGUCAGGUAUUUCAUCAACGGUUAAACUGUAUGCAGAUGAUACCAAGGUUUACAGAGAGAUCUCCGACAUAGCUAGAGACACAAGCAUCCUUCAGGUCCGACUUAUUCCACCUUAGAAAUUGGCCUGAGGUCUGGCAGUUAAACUUCAAUGCGAAGAAAUGUGAAAUUAUGCGAGUUACACAUAGUCGUGAUAAAUCUGUCCCACAUUACUCCCUCGUCCCGCGUGGAGAACGUCUAAGUUCAGUGAGUUCUGUAAAGAACCUCGGCAUCACAAUCUCGCAUGACCUCUCGUGGUAUUUACACGUUGUUGAGUUUGUCAAUAAGGCCAAUAAAGUUCGUGGUCUAAUCAAGCGCACAAUCGGUUCUGUAAACAAGGAAAUCUUUUCCACACUGUACAAGGCUCUUGUGAGACCAAUCCUCGAGUACGCUUCCCCUGUAUGGUACCCUUACCUAGUUAAGAAUAUUGUUCUCUUAGAGAAAGUUCAGAGAAGAGGAGAGAUGUCAUACGAAGAUCGCUGCGAAAUGUUUCGGUGGUCGCAGAUGACUGAUAGAAGGCUAUAUUUUUCUUUGAUUGAAUGCUAUAAACUUGUAUUCGGAUUGAAUAGCCUUUGUUUUUCCGAUUUUUUUGAGUUCGCUUCAAAACGUACCAGGUCCAAUCACAACUACAAACUGCAAGUUAAAUCGGCUAACUGCAAUUGUUAUAAAUACUCUUUCUUUGUUAAAAUUAUUCGUGAAUGGAAUGACCUGCCCGCCAAUGUUGUUGAGAUAGGAAAUUUAAGACGUUUUAAAAUAGCUCUUAAAUCGUACAUGCGUAUUUCUUAGGUUUUUAUCCAUCUUAGAUUUUAUUCAUAAGCAUAUAUUUUUAAUUUUUAUUUUUGGAAGUUUAUUUACAUAGGGUCAACCUCUUAAACUUCCUUUUUAGGGUAUUAUUUGCAUCGUUUAUUUCUUAUGAUCCCUUAAAUAAUUUAUGAAUGUAUACAGAAAACAGUCGGUGGGUGCCCCUGGUAUUUCACAUUAAUAGCCUGUGCUAUGACUGAUAUCUGCCUACUAUCUUGUGUAGUUCGUAGGUCUCGUAGCCGGAAUAAUUUACUUCCAAACAAAGGUGGAUCAAGCUGGUAUCCAGAAUAUAUCUGGAGCGAUUUUCUUUCUUCUCACGUCUGUUACGUUUAACAACGUUGCAUCUGUCAUCUUCGUAAGUGUUGGAAAAUUUACCUUAAUCGUCAUAUGCCUCUGUCUAGUUUAAUUUUAUCAACUGGCCAUCAUAAGAAGUUAUCAAAACAUGUUGAUAUUCAUAAGCCGUGACAACUGUGACGUCAUCAAAUUGAAAUAUAUGAAAUCAAUGUUACUUAACUGCGGAUAAAGAUAUGAAAGUGAACAUGAUCCUCACAGUUGACUGAACAACCUAAGCGGUUGACAAAGAACCUGAAAAAAUUCAGGCUUGACUGGGAAUCAAAUCCUGACAUUUGCAAUGACCUGACACAACGCCCUGUCCAUUAAGCUAAUCAAGCCGACUGGAGAGCUGGUCAUUGUGAGUUCGUCAUAGUCACGUGAUAUUAAUUUCGAUUGCAAGAAAAAAAAAAACUAAUAUCAUGAUAAUGUGUAAUCCAUGUGUUAUAAUAGAGUUUACAAUAAAGAUCAAGCUGUCAGUAAGUUGUAAAAGGUCCAAAGGUGGAAGGUGCGCCUACAAAAAUACUGGAUCGAGCCACCUUAAUGUGGAUUGCAUUUUGAUAAACUUUUUCUUUACUAUUGUUAGACUUUUCCCGUCGAACUUUCUGUGUUUUUACGAGAGCACCAUAAUGGCAUGUAUCGGACAGACGUUUACUUUUUGUCAAAGACUUUUGCUGAGGUGAGUGUUAGUGUAAAGCGUUGUUAUCGAUGCAAUUUAUGUAAAACCUAAAGCAAUGAAAGAGGCGACGACCCUUAUAAUGAGUCCUGUUUUGAUAACUUUUUAUUUUAUUUUAUUUUAUUUUUUAUUUAUUUAUUUUUUUUUUUAGCAGAAACUAACCUUUUUUGCAAUUUCUAGGCACCUCUUUUUUUAUUCAAUCCCCUUCUUUUGAUUGCAAUCGCCUACUGGAUGAUCGGUAAGUAAGAUAUAUUAAAUGCUGUGAGGAGCCAAUCAUGGGCUUCUGGUGCGGUUACACUAGACCUUUUCUCCAAGGCUCCAUAUCCCCUCUGAGAAAUAGCUCGGGUUGGGUUCGUUCUGGGUUUUGAUUACUUUCAUGUUUGCGGUCAAACGGUGAUAAACUGCCCAAGGGGCGCAGGUAAACGUCCUUGUAAACAUUGAAGACUGACAUAAAUAAUGGAACGUUGCCGACCAUUUUUAACCUUUUAAACCUCAUCUACACCAAACGCGAUCCAAUCAGACUCCAGGUGAUGAUCGAGAAUUACCAUGGGAAACAUGGUUGAACAAUAUUUUUGAGAUUUAAGGAAUUUGUCUCCAUGUAAAGCCGCUUUAAAUGCAAUAUGUUAAUUAUAAUUUUUAAAUUCCAGAGGACUGUGUUAAACUUAGCUCUCAUUUACCUAGUGGGGUCUAAAUAGACCCCAGCAAUAAAAACAACAACAGGAAUAGCAACAACAAAAAAAAACAAACAAGCAAAAACAAUUAGGUACAAAACAAAGACUUUUAUAAAUCAUAUACCACAGUUGAUGUUCAUGUGUCCGUAGUCACAAUCAUAUUGAGUCUGUGAUGGGGUUCAACUGAACCUCGGCAGGCACGACUUGCACUAAGAUGUUAAGUUAUAUCAAUAGCAAGCAUGUUUGUCUAAUUUGCAAGUAAACGUUUUAUUUUGAUUGCAAGGAGCUGUGUUAAUAUUUGCAGAGACAAACAUAACUUUGAUAAACAUUAAUUUUCUCGGUAAAUGUUAUAUACUUUAACCCAUUUGCCCUUGGGUAAAAGGGCCAGUGUAACCGCAUCUAUAGUAAAAAGUGUGUUAAAAAGGUUUAGUUUCAUUUCUUAGAUAUUCAACUAUGCAAUAAUUAUCACAGCAAUGUUUGUACAUGUCCUUCCUACGGGAAAAAAACGGUCAACCGCCAGACCAUUGUUUUCACUAUAGAAAGAAGGUUUAAGAGGAGUAAAUGCCUACGUUUUACAAGACUUCCAAACAACAUUUAACUUACACGUUUAUUUUUCGGGGGGAUUUCAUAAUCCUCGCUUGUUUUAAGGUGAUCUAUCGAAACCGGCCUCACGUUUAUCAGGAAUAAUCAUUGCGGCGGAGUUUUAUUCCCGAUGCUUUAAAAACUUUAUUUACGCUUUCUAAAAGAUAUUUAAAGCUGACUCUACAAUGGCGGCGAGAGCUAAACUUUCAUCUGUUAGGUCAGCAUCUUUAACUAAAUAUUAAGUUUCAUCGCCUUUCGAGUAAAUCGAUAACUAGGUGUUAUACAACUUUUGCCUUGUUUUCCCCUAUCUUUUGUUCAGUUAUCUAAAGUUUUUUUAUCUGAUAUUUUCAGGCUUGCGAGAUAACGUACUAAGGUUCAUCUAUGCAUACGGGAUCCUUGCUUUGGUCAGCGUAGUAGCUGUGUCCUAUGGUAUGUUUUAUCUCUAUGGUACCGCUCAACAGAUUUGUGUUGUUCAUACUGAUUCUGUAGCGACUGUAUGCAACUACGUUUGGCUUAUGUUUAAUAUUCAAGCAUAAAAAAUGAUUAUCCACGACAUUUUACAACCAGUGUUGCGAAACAGCAAAAUCAUUUUAAGCUCUCGAUGGUAAUUACAACAAUCCCCCAUGUGUGUCUUGUUGUCGGACGUCCUCUUGCACCCCUCCAAUAUCGUGGGACCCAUGCUGUGAUCAGCUGAUGCGCUGCCCAACACGAAAAACAUGCCAGGAUAGUGCAAUUCUUCCAUUCCGUACGGUCUGAUAGCAGUGGGUAUCCUUUCCAAACUACCAUAUAGUUCGCAAUUUGUAACGUGUUCUUUCCAGAAGAUAUGUUUCACCAUGAAUUUGUAUUUUCUUCCUGUUAUAGGGUAUAUCGUAUCCACAGUCGCACCGUCUGUACCAGCCGCCUCUGCCAUCAGUGCCCCGUUACUUCUACCUCUGUUACUUAUUGGCGGAUUCUACGUUAAAAACAAGUAAGUGUCAUAUCGCUGUGGUUUGGAUGUUUUUAUCUGAGAGCGCGGUCAGAUGAACGGUGUCGAGAUGAGGGUCGUCGUUUGAUCAGAUACAAAAUGUAGUUUGUUCAGACCAAAUGUAGCGGAAUGAUGGCGUAUUCCCAAUAGGAUUCGAAACAGGGCGACAGCGUGACCUAGUUGUCUGCGCGUCGGACUCACAAUCCGGCGGCCCCGGGUUCGAGUCCCCCUCUGGCGACUUGCUGGAUUUGUUCUCGGUCAUCCCGAGUUCAGUCCUCGGCCACACUUGUAAAUAGCCAACUGGUUGCCUCCUGCCAAUUGGGGGUCUUAAUCCUGUUAUGUUAUAUUUGAAUUAUUUGCUUCUAAGUAGUUGAGUGGAGUGCCUGUAAACUAGCUUGAUAAGCUAAGUGCACUUUGCACUAUAUAAACAAUGCAAGCCUUUAACUUUGUAUAGUGACCUUUAAAGUCCAACGAGUCUUCUUAACCACAAGGUUAUAGGUUAAAGUGAUAAACAUUCUGCAUAUUGCCAGGGCGUUAUUUGCUUCUCUUAAAAGGUUUAGGCGAUUUAUCGAUCAUGUCUAAUACUCAACAAGAAGCUUCCAUACUGCUGGACAGUAAAAGCUUAGCACAGAAUCCCUCCUGCACUACAUCGAGAAUUAAGCUAGGGAAUUCCUUUUCCGUGUGGAAAUUCAGUGGCUAGUCUUCCGUUUGCAAAAUGACUCUUUAACUGAGGGGGGCGUAAGGGGUAUACGAAUACCGCAAUACCGCACGUGGUAGCGCGAGAAUACCGCAAUACCGCAUUAAAAUUUAGCCACAUACCGAAACCGCAGUUACAAAUGGGAAAAAGUUGGCGUUGUCAAUGUUACAAAUCCUCCUUUCAAAUAGAAAUAAUACUCUUAUGUCAGUGUUUCCAAAUCAAGGUGCGUCGAUGUCAAGUAUACGAUAACAGGAGCCUCGCACUCGUUUAACUUUGUUCAUUACAUGUAUACGUUUACGUACAUGAUACAACAGGAGUUUUCCAGUAUCACUUUAUAUAUAACUGACCUGGAUCAUAAACGAACGGAAAACAGUUGACUCUUAUGAGGUUGUUUCAGAUUCACAAUUAACUCGGUUCUGUGUUGAGGGUUUCAAAACCACGACCCGGGCUACCUUUUGGAUUCGAAGGGCACACAGUACACACUAGCCUGCGUAGCAUGGCGGUUUUGGUUGGGCGCGCUAAAUAAUAAGGCGGGCGAGGCCGAGGAGAUUGGGGCAGGAGCUGCUUCGCCGCUCACAGUGGUGCUGCCGACAAAACCAUGUAAAACAGCCAUGCCUGGGAGAGGGGGGGGGGAGGGGGGGUACUUAGGUUAAUAUUUGGUUGGUAUGUGCCGCUGGCCUCUCACAGCCCUUACCCCAUUACAGUCUAUUCUGUGGCCAAUUAUAGACCCCAUCUUAGUCACUUUUGAACAAAUAUUUAAUUUUCGCGAUCCCAACUUCGUCGCUUUCUAUUUUUAUGAAUUGACCUUGUUUUAGAUUGAAUGAAGAACACUUUACUUUUCAUCUACAAUACAAACAUUUUGGUCCCUUUGCUAACCGUAAAUAUGAAGAACUGUCUUACCCCAAAAAAGCAGAAAAUGUGCGACCCAUUCUAGUAACUCUCUGAAAAUGCGACCCCAUCCAGCGGCAAAUCUUCAUUAGCCUCUUAUCAGGAAGUACCCCCCCCCCCCUCCCCCACCCCCGGGCCGCUAUGCUACGUAGGGUACGUACACACGAAUACUAGUACAUUCUAUAUUCCUGCAUGCACAACGAGAAGGACAAGUAUUAAUUUUUAGACCCCACUAUCGUCAUAGAUUAUCUUUCGACACUACGCAAUUUAUAACGAUCUCACUGACCACACUAUUUGCUAGAAUAUCUGACUGAUCACUUAGUUGACCCUCUGGAUCGCUCUCUAUUGUUUGGCGACUGGCACGAAAGUGGUGGUAAGAUUGGUAUAAAGGAUGUUAGCCAAGCUGACUUGUCCCACAAGGUCCAUGAAGUCAUAAAUAAUGCGACAUGUUUACGUAUCAUUGGAUAAAAAAGUUGAUGUCGUUAAUCAUAUCAAGUAUUAACUGAAAUUAGAAGCCAUACGAUUUGUCUGCACUGUUAGCGCAAUACAAUCCCCGACUGUGCACACAGGUCACGCAGGCUAGCCAGGGAGACCUUUUUGGAUUUGUAUCCUCUUGUCAUGAAAAAGAAGCAGAUCACCGCGACACAAUGAUUUUUUCACCGACUACCGCGACGUAAAAUUUAAACUUACCGCAAACCGCUUGGACUCUGAAAACCGCAAUACCGUACUUUGAAAUAAAAAUUACCGCAACACCGCACCAAAAAUAACCCAAUACCGCAAUACCGCAAACCCUUACGCCCCCCUCUUAACUUGAAACAUACAAAGAUCUACUUAAUUCUUAUCAUUUUGCUCGACAAACGAUAAAGUACACAGUGCUUACAUUGUCAGGUAUUUCAAAACGCAUACACUUUCCUGACAAUUGCUCCGCCAUCUUGAUUAUUAUUAUUAUUAUUAUUAUUAUUAUUAUUAUUAUUAUUAUCGUACUCUGUUGAGAUAUUACGCGCCACCGACUAGAAUUCGCCUCCCUUACCUCGCGCUUAGAAUCUGAAUCAAGGGGUAAACUCAUGUGCGAAUGUGUUAUAUCAUUUCAGCACAAUACCAGAUUGGUUGUCAUGGCUACAGUAUCUUUCGUGGUUUAAAUAUGGAUUUGAAACCUUGGUUGUAAACCAGUGGGACGGUUAUGAAAAUAUAGGUAUGCAGUUUAUAGUUUUAAAUUUACUGAUUGUUUUCAAUGUAAUCAUAUUACGCCACUAUGCCAGUUUAGGGCAUGUUAUAACCUGGUGACGGUCAAGUACUUUGAAGGGAAACACACAAUGUCAUAACGAUGAACGUGAUACUCUCUUUUGAUCAUGACGACUGAGUGCCAUCUAAGCGCAAGGGUGUACAUUAGUCAAAUAUUCUUUAUCUUGCUUACGCAGCUUGCACACCCCGAGAAAACAGAACCGGCGUUCCUUGCAUUAAUAAUGGGAAUGAAGCUAUCACUUACCUUGCGUUAGAUAAGGUUGGUACCAGGCCUUAUAGCGAUCUACGUAGUUACUGUAUUUAAAGAUGUGGUCGACCGAAGUCCACAAAAAAGGAAGGGGACCGCUUUAAUAGGCCAUUUCCAAGGCCAAGUGCAAACCCUUUCUUGCGAAAAUAAGGGGGGUUUUUGCAUGUUUAAACAUCAAUGGCAUGCACUUUAUCAGUUGGAUUUGCGAAAAAAAAGGCCUUUUUUAAUAGGCUUAAUUUUGACAUAAAGUAGAAAAAAUGGUUUUAAUGUUAAUUUUGAUAUUUUAUAAGGAAUUUUAAGAUUUUGGGGGUUGGGGGUGGUAAUUUUAGUGGUAGUGGAAGUGGUAGUGGUAGUGGUAGUGAGUAGUAGUGGUAGUGGUAGUGGUAGUGGUAGUAGUAGUGUAGUGGUAGUGGUAGUGGUAUUGGUAGUGGUAGUGGUAGUGGUAGUGGUAUUGGUAGUGGUAGUGGUAGUGGUAGUGGUAGUGGUAGUAGUAGUGGUAGUGGUAGUGGUAGUGGUAGUGGUAGUGGUAGUACUGGUAGUUGUAGUACUGGUAGUGGUAGUAGUGGUCUGUUUCAAAAACUCUCUAGUAGCGACCACAACUUAAAUUUCUUAAACGACCACGACCACCUUUUAGGGCGCAAAUUUGACACAUUCUUUUGUUUUCUUUUUCCCAUAAGCGACCACUCGGUAUGAUCUCGUAUGGUUGUAAGAAAACGAUUGCUCGAAGGUCACGGCAUUUCAGUUUUUAAUAGCGUUGACCAAGCGUGCUGACAGACUAUAGCAGCUGACUUCCAAAAACAAUGUCUGUAAUAGGAUUUGUAGUUAAAAUGGCGGAUUGUAACAUUGAUGUAAAAUGUUAUGCGCAAACGUUCAACAGUUUCAAGCGCUAUUUGAUGUGAAACAUCAUUGCCAGUUGUCUAUUUGACUACGUUUUAGCUUGAAAGGUAAUAACUUCAUGUAAUUAGCUGUAUGUUAGUCAGCUCAGUUUGAGUUUAUAUUCUUUAUUUUUUCCGUAGACGACCACCUCCCCGUAAGUGACCACUUUGCCGUGCACCAAAUGUGGUCGCUUACAAGAGAGUUGGUUGUAUUAUUAUUAUCAUUAUCAUUGUCAUUAUCAUUAUCAUUAUCAUCAUCGUUAUCAUUAUCAUUAUCAUUAUUAUUAUUAUUAUUAUUAUUAUUAUUAUUGUUGUUGUUGUUGUUGUUAUUAUUAUUACUUAGCCUCGCCUGGAAACAAAGGCUUGUGCCAACUCAGAGAUGGCUCGUUCGAAAAUGAGGAGAAAAUGGAGAUCCCUACAGUUGUAGGGAUACUUGGAGCUUUGAGAUAUUCUCUGCGAGACGAAAAGAAAUGAACUUAGAAAAAGUUUCCUUUCGGAGAAGCAACCAACUGAAUUGUCACUGACAUUUUUUUUUCUUUUUAGGACAAUGUGAUGAUCGACAUUUAUGCCUUAUUGGCUCUAGCCGUUGGAUUCCGAAUGAUAUCAUUUCUGUUCCUGCUAAGGAAAGCUUACAGAAGACCUUAGACAUGAAAUGUCUUGAAAUGUUGCUGAAUU